GGGGUAAAACUGAAUUCUCUCUUGGGGUUUAGGGAGGGAAAGGUUGGAGGAUUGCAGGAAGGGGAAGAUGAGGAUGCCAUUGCCACUCGAUGCGUGAUCGAUCUAGGGAGAAGCAAGGAUGCCAAUCGCGCGUCCGGAGCCCCAGAACGCGCGCGUGAUCGCUCACGUCGACAUGGACUGCUUCUACGUCCAAGUGGAACAACGAAAAAAUCCUGAAUUGAAGGGUUUGCCUGCUGCUGUAGUACAGUAUAACUCAUGGAAAGGUGGUGCCCUGAUCGCAGUUGGUUAUGAAGCUCGAAGAUUUGGUGUGAAGCGUUCUAUGCGUGGAGAUGAGGCCAAAAUGGUAUGCCCAAAUAUCCAAUUAAUUCAAGUUCCUGUUGCACGUGGUAAAGCUGAUUUAAAUCUGUACAGAGAUGCUGGCUCUGAGGUUGUUUCCAUACUUUCGACCAAAGGGCGAUGUGAGCGAGCAUCAAUUGAUGAAGUUUAUCUGGAUCUUACUGAUGCUGCUGAAACGAUGCUAUCAGAAACACCACCGGAGAUGCUAGACACAAUUAAUGAAGAGACUCUGAGGUCACACGUAUUAGGUUUUAAUGUUGACGGUGAUGAAAGGGAAAAGAAUGUCAAAGAGUGGCUCUGUCGAAGUGAAGCUGACCGUCAGGACAAACUUUUAGCUUGUGGUUGUAUUAUUGUGGCACAACUUCGUACUGAAGUUUUGAAGGAAACAACAUUCACAUGUUCUGCUGGCAUUGCACACAACAAGAUGUUAGCAAAACUUGCUAGUCCUAUGCAUAAGCCUGCACAACAGACUGUUGUACCAUCCUCUUCAGUUAAGGAUCUACUAGCAUCCUUGCCGGUGAAGAAAAUGAAACAACUUGGUGGAAAGCUUGGAAGCUCCCUACAAAUAGAUCUUGGAGUGAAGACUGUUGGUGAUUUGCUACAGUUUAGUCAGGAGAAGUUGCAAGAGCACUAUGGUAUUAAUACAGGCACAUGGUUGUGGAACAUCUCGAGAGGUAUUAGUGGAGAUGCUGUUGAGGACCGCCUUCUGCCUAAAAGCCAUGGUUGCGGAAAGACAUUUCCAGGUCCACAAGCAUUGAAGACUAUUGCUUCUGUUGAGAACUGGGUCAAUCAAUUGUGUGAAGAACUAAAUGAGCGUAUACAGUGUGACUUGGAUCAGAACAAACGUGUUGCACAUACAUUGACCUUACAUGCCAGAGCAUUUAAGGAAAAUGACAUGGAACCCCAAAGGAAAUUUCCUUCAAAAUCUUGUCCCUUGCGUUAUGGAACUUCAAAACUCAAAGAAGAUGCUAUGCGAUUAUUUGAUUCUGGUCUUCGUGAUUUUUUGGGUUCCCAACACAUUGGAUGGGGAGUAACGUCGCUUUCUAUUGCAGCAAGCAAAAUAACUGAUGUGCCGCAAGGAACAAGGUCAAUUCUGAAGUUUCUCCAAGGCAAAGAUUGCUCCUCCAUGAUAUCAGAUGAUCCUAAUGGGUCUCCUAAACAAGAUCUUGUCUUGUCUUCUGCAGAUGCGGAUCUACAACGCGAAGAUUUUGAAAUGGUGAACCAUGACGUUAGACCAAGGGACCUUGCUUCUGAAGCUACUAGAAGUGAUAUCAACAACAAACUUCUAGAUCAGACACAAAAGAGAACCAUUACAGCUGUCAGAAAGAUAAAAGAUGUGGGAAAAUCCUCUAUCUUAAAGUUCUUCCAAGGCAGUAAUUCCUCUUUUCCUACGACCAGCCAAGCCGAUGAAACAUCCAAUCAUGAUACAGCAUUGUCGCCAUCAUGUUCUGAGAAAGGAGCAUCCACAGAGGUUAGCAUGAACAAAGAUGAUCGGCACAGCCAGAUUCAGAAUGGUUAUGAUUCAUGGGGUUUUAAUGUGGAAGAUAUCGAUCCGUCUGUCUUAGACGAGUUACCUAUUGAGAUCCAGAGAGAAGUCAGAGAAUGGAUUCGGCCACUGAAGCGUACAAAUACAUCUAGAAAGGGUUCUAGCAUUGUUCACUAUUUUUCUCCAGUAAAAAAGGAAUAAACAUGUUUUGAGUAUUCAGAAAUCAGAACUGAAAAUCAGCCAAAGUGCUUGCUGAAGUUAUUUGAAUAUAAACCGAAACUGCUUCCUGGCGACUAUGUGAGGAAUGCCUUGGGAUAAGAGUUAGGGUUUGAAGAUCAACACCAUGCCUAGGAAGUAUCUUGGAACGAAUAUAAUGUAGAAUUUUACAACCUUUAAAUUGUAGAUAACACUUUCAAGUUAGAUCGAGCUUGUAUCCUUGCAUUGUUGUCAUGGUUGUACAAUUGCUUGCACUUAUAUUUAGUGUUCAUUUUUCGAAA